GCUGUGUGGUAAGAUGAUGCUGUUAUUCAAGCCAGCAUUUGAGAACUGGGCGAGUUCGGCGUUUUUAUGGGUUUAUUGUCGUUAAAAACGUGAUUGAUUCUUGUGAAAUAUAAGUAUUUUUGCGAAUGAAGUGCAAGCGAUAAAAGGUAGAAGAAGAAGGAAGAUAUACGAGACAUUUAAAGAGACUGCCAGUAACCUCGCCACAAAAUGGUCCGUUUUGGUUUAGGCCAGUUUGUCUCCCAUUGUAUGCAGAUGAUGAAAACUCUUCUUGUUUGCGUUGUGCUCAUGGACCAACACUUCCUCAAAUCAGUUACAGUAUCAGCGGCUAAUCCAGGACAACUUAAUGCAAAUGAAACAAAGUCAUCGCCAAGUCACGUGACAUCCAUAAAAGGCUCUUCAAUAUGGUUAACAUGGGGAUAUGAAUAUGGUGGUGAUAUUGCCGGAACAAUAAUCUACAGAGAACAAAUAAUUGGAUUUAACAGUUCUUCACAGGCAGCACUGCAACCUGUGGCAAAGAGGACAGGAGCAAAUGGUGCUCUUCAGCUUGUGCCAACUGUUCCAGCACCAUUCUCUGGAAGGCUCAAAGUAAUACCAUCCAACGAUACACUGGUGAUCAGUGGACUGAAGUACAAUGACACUGCUUACCAAUUUGCAUCAUAUGUUAUUACAGAUAUUAUCGCAGGCGGUUCAAGCACCUCAGUUAAAGGUGACCUCAGACCAGCUGUCCGAAUUACAGUCAAUGGGGUGCCAGAAUUCGUCACAUCACCUCCAGCUACAAUUGAAGUGAAUGAAAAUACAAAUUUAGAAAUAGCCAUUGAAAUGGAUGGAAACCCUGCACCAUCAGCUGAUUUUCUUUGGCCUCAUCUUGGUGAUGGUGGAACAACUGUUGCUGGUAGCCAAAUUUACCCAUAUGUUUAUUCAGCAAAGUUUUCACAUCCAAAUAUAGCGGCUGGUUAUUGUGGAAGGAUAUUGAAAUCUUCAGUGAAGAACAGUAUUGGGUCAUCACUUGCCAAAGACACCAAUGUCACUGUUUUACUGAAACUUGAUGGCAAUCCGAAUUUACGAGCAGGAAAGAUAAUCAUUGAUAGUUGUGUCGAAGUGAAAUGGACGAAGGCCGAAUCUGGGGCUUGUUACGUGAAAUACGAAGUUAAAUUGAAAAAUGCUUCAGGGACUGUUGUUUAUACUGAAACUGGAUAUAACAUCGAUGAAGUAAAGAAAUGCAAGAUUCCAGGAAAUGUGAAUAUCACUGAUGUUGAAAUGACGAUGAGUUUCAAAACUACUUCAAAGGUCUUCACUGCCAAAGUCUCAGAAACACCUAUCCCAACAACACUACCGCCGACCACUACAUCAAAAACUUCAAAAACACCGGACACGACUAGCCCGGGACCAACAAAAAACAUUGAUUCGUUGUCAUCAAGCUCCGAAGCGGCCUCAUUGAGCACAGUUAAAGUAACAAAACCUAAAGAUCCAGGUAAACAAUCAGGGACACCCAUAGGAGCUGUGAUCGGGGGAGCUUUUGGUGGAUUAAUUGUUUUAAUCUUGCUCAUUGUUCUCAUUAUCUACUUGAAAAAACGAUCAAAAGCUGCUGGGAAAAAAGACUUGGAUUCAGGUGAACCUGGAUAUCCACUUCAAGACGAAGAUGUUAAUUAUUCCACGGCUGGUAGCGGUCAAGUUAAACGGGAUCCUUACGAGCCAACAUACGCUGAUCCGAAAGGACAACCUGUUGUUUAUGGGAAGUUAGGUGCCGGAGGAGGAAGGAAAGGGCCUAAGCCAUCAAAAAGAGAAGACGAGUCUAAUUAUGCGGAUGUCAAAGUUGAUGAACAUGGUUAUCCAGCUGUCGGUGCCGUGCCAACUUCAUACACUGAUGGAUACGGGCAGAGCAGGUCAGGUUCGCGCGGCGGAGAAAGAGACAGUGGAAGACGGGUGGCCCCAGAUAGGCGAGCUCCGCCACCCUAUAAUGACACCCAUUUAGAUGACGACGGCUAUCCCGUGUCAAGACAUAUUCCGCCUGUUUAUGCUCAAGUAAACAAACCGAAAAAGCAGCGAUAACAUGGACUUCGCAAACAUCAUUUAUCCAAAUCUGAAGACCGAUAUAUUGCAGGUAGAAAUUAGUGAACUUACUAUUCACUGGACACACAACCCACCUUUAGAUUCGAACUGCAACUAAGUGUUGAAAUUGUUAUCCUAAGUGAUUUGUGUGAUUCUGUUGUGGUCCCCUAUUGAUCGAGCGCAAUCAUAAUAGAGACAUCAUUUGGAUACAGCAAAAGACUGCUGCAACGUAUUUUUAUUAUUAACACUCUUAGUUAAUCAAGGCAUAGAUUUUUUUGUAAAUUUGAUAAAUCCGUAACCAAUAAGAGGUCGCAGCUGUUUCAUUUGGAGGCUGUUUAUUAUUGCUGUUGUUACUGUUGUUCUGCUAGCCCUCUGCUUUAUCAAAAUGCUGUGAUAUUGCUUGAAUGCCCAUUUUAGUUCUGCUUGUGUUAGUUUAGGUCAUCUUUUUUGAGGAUUUGGAGAUCUCCUUACUACCCCAUGGUCAAACGCCAUCCUGUCUCUCCACUGAAUCCACUGACUUCGUGCCCCCCCCCCCCAUUAAUAGGCAUGCAUUUGGCAUCAUCCCUCACAUAUGCAGCAUGCACCUCAACCCUGGCCAGAGCACACCCAACAUUGCGUCAGUAUGAAUCCAUACAGAAACCUAUUUCACUUAUUGCAUAAUUUUAGCUGUUCAGUAUAUACGUAGCUCUUUACAGUUAUCGUGUUAUCAGAAAUCAAAGUUAGUUAAAAAGGCCGAUUUUAUAGGCCCUGAUCGUGUUUUUCUUUUUUAGAAUUCGGCAUCUCUGCUUCACGUCUGAUUUAGGACGUUGUCAACUUAGUUAUUUGUUUUGUUGGCAUAAUGUUUUAACUGUAUCAUUAUCAUUCGUUGCUUUAUGA